CAGACAGCGUUGCCAAGGUGAUGGACUGUAACUGUCACAGACGCCCGGGGCCCCCAGGAGGCCCAGAGAGGGGCUCCAGGACGCUCCCCAGAGCGAGGUGUCUUCUUCCUCCAGGGGAAUUCUCCGCAGGCAUGGGACAGACCAGGCUGCUGGGCCUGGUGGCCCUGGGGCUGCUGCUGGGGGCCUCCUGCCAGGCACAUCACGAGACUUGGUGUUAUGACCUUCCAGGAUGUGGCCCCAAAACCUGGCCCCGGAAGCACUGCUCGGGGCGGAGACAGUCCCCGGUCGCCCUGUGGGCGGACCGGUCCGUCCCGGCUUCCCACUUCAAAGUCCUGGAGAUGUCCGGCUACGAGAAUCCGACCCUGCCGAUCAAAGUCACCAACGACGGACACUCAGCGAACGUGAACCUGAGGCCGGGGGCAUGGCUGUCGGGCGGAGGGCUCUCGGGGAACUACACCGCCCAGAGCUUCCACCUGCACUGGGGGAAGGGACUGAACUUCCCCGGGGCAGAACACCUGCUGGAAGGGACCCGGGCCUCCAUGGAGCUCCACGUGGUUCACACCAAAGACGGCCUACCCAUGAACAAGGCGGUGAAACUGAAAGACGGAGUGGUCGUGCUAGCCUUCAUGACCAAUGUCUCGGAUCCGAGCCCUUCGGAAGCUUCCUGGAACGACUUCACCUCCUUCCUGGGCCUCGUCCCAGAGAAAGACAACGAGCAACCGGUCUUCGGCAACUUCUCCCUGAAGGGACUCCUGGGUGCCGUGAAAACCUUACACUACUACUUCUACCAGGGCUCGCUCACGACGCCCCUCUGCCAGGAGGUCGUCUCGUGGAUCGUGUUCAGAGAGCCCAUCCUCGUCUCCCCAGACGUGCCUCUUCUACACCACGGCCUCCGAGGGGAGGCGAAUGGUCAACAACUUCCGCCCGGCGCAGCCCUUAGGUCGACGCAAGGUCCUGCGGCUGUGAACCCCGUCGAUGGGGAGGGAGGGGGAAAGGAGCCCCUCCGGCCUCCGACUCCCUCCUUGACUUCCCUCCCCUUCCCGGAAAUAAAGGCCCCUGGAGUUCAGUAUAAAUAACCGGGUCCCCCGCCGGGGA